UAGUGUGGUAUCACUUAAUGUGGUUGUGAUUGUGACAUUUGUGACAUUUCGAAUUACGAGAAAAAUGGCUGGAGCGCUGGCUAGGGUUGUUCAGGGGGUAAAAUCCCAAACAGGUAUUGUAGGGCCGUUGUCGAUAGUCAACAAUGUCUCCGUGCGGUACAAUCAGACUCCGGCAAGGACGCAGUUCGGACCAUUGGCGGAUCAAGAUCGCAUAUUUACGAAUCUGUAUGGUCGACAUGAUUGGCGACUCAAAGGUGCCAUAUGCCGUGGAGAUUGGUAUAUGACCAAGGAAAUUCUCUUGAAGGGCCCUGAAUGGAUCGUUAAUGAGAUGAAAACAUCCGGAAUGCGAGGGCGUGGUGGUGCCGGUUUUCCAACUGGCAUGAAGUGGUCAUUCAUGCAAAAGCCAUCUGAUGGCCGUCCUAAAUACUUAGUCGUCAAUGCUGAUGAGGGCGAGCCUGGCACAUGCAAGGACAGGGAGAUCAUGCGUCAUGACCCUCACAAGUUGGUUGAAGGUUGUCUGGUUGCCGGCCGAGCCAUUGGAGCUGUGGCUGCAUAUAUUUACAUCAGAGGAGAGUUCUAUAAUGAAGCCAGUAAUUUACAGUUGGCCAUUGCUGAAGCAUAUCAAGCAGGCCUUCUUGGUAGAAAUGCUUGUAAUUCCGGCUAUGACUUUGACGUGUACGUCCAUCGCGGCGCGGGCGCCUACAUCUGCGGCGAAGAGACCGCUCUCAUCGAGUCCAUCGAAGGCAAGCAGGGCAAGCCGCGUCUCAAGCCGCCGUUCCCUGCUGAUGUCGGUUUGUUCGGCUGCCCAACUACCGUCAACAAUGUUGAGACUAUAUCUGCAGCACCUACGAUAAUGCGUCGCGGUGGGGCAUGGUUCGCGCAGUUUGGCCGUCCACGUAACACGGGCACCAAGUUGUAUAACAUCUCUGGACACGUGAACACUCCGUGCACUGUCGAAGAGGAGAUGAGCGUGCCGCUCAAAGACCUUAUCGAACGGCAUGCGGGUGGCGUUACCGGUGGAUGGGACAAUCUGCUAGCCAUCAUUCCUGGAGGAUCUUCGACACCGCUCAUUCCUAAACAUGUCUGCGACACCGUCCUAAUGGAUUUCGACGCUUUGGUAGCAGCGAACACUUCCUUCGGCACAGCGGCUAUCAUAGUGAUGGACAAGUCAACCGACAUUGUGAAAGCCAUCGCACGCUUGCUAGAGUUCUACAAACACGAAUCCUGCGGUCAGUGCACGCCUUGUCGCGAAGGCGUGUCAUGGAUGAACGAGAUUGUUCACAGAUUCAUCGAUGGUGACGCGUCGACGAAAGAGAUCGACAUGCUAUGGGAGAUUUCUAAACAGAUUGAAGGUCACACAAUUUGCGCCUUAGGCGAUGGCGCAGCGUGGCCCAUCCAGGGUCUCAUUAGACAUUUUAGACCAGAACUUGAAAGGCGUAUGCACGAAUUCGCGGCGACAUGUGGCCCCAGCAAGGCUGAGCGUCUUUACUAACCACCACGCUUAUACCGUGAAGUUUUGCCCUCGAAGAUUACCUACUGAAUAUAACUUAUAUUGUAAAAAUUGUAGAUUCAAGUUAAAAAUUUCUUUGUGUUUUUGUGAGUCUUGUUAUAAAUAAAAUUAGUUUUUAAUAAAUUGUAAUAAUUUAUUAUUUGUAUUUUGUGGAAUUCAUUGGGACCUGCGUAAUAUGUCUGCC